ACCGUUUUACCUGCAUAAGUAUGCAAUGGAUAGCCGAUCGCAGGUAGUUGGCUCCUCGUAAGUUAGUAUGAAAUCAUCGUCGAGCACAAACAUAUGUCGGAAUUUGCCAUUAGAAACCAACGCAAUGCAAAGUCCUGCUUCUAUUCAUCUUUUGGCGGGGGAAGAGCUUUGCAAAUAAAGGUCGCCUGGCAAGGCACCAUUUUCAAUGAUUGAACGGCAGAGGUUGGCGAAUCUUUUGAGGCACUGUGCCAGAAACAGAUUACUCAAACACGGGCUGCAGGUCCACGGGGCGAUAACGAAGGUGGGUUUCGCUUCCGAUCUGAUGCUUAGCAACGACCUGAUCGAUCUGUACGGGAAAUGCGGCCGGGCGGGCAUGUCCCGCGACGUGUUCGACAGAAUGCCCCACAGAAAUGUCGUUUCUUGGACGGCUCUUAUGUGCGGUUAUCUGCACGAUGGAAAUGCCGAGGCUGCGCUGAUGUGCUUCUGUCAAAUGAGGAGGUCCCCGGUCGAGCCGAAUGAGUUCACCUUGUCGACCAGUGUCAAGGCAUGUGGGGUCGCGCGUGUUCUUGAUCAUGGGAUGCAGGUUCAUGGACUAUCUAUCAAGACGGGAUUUGAUACUGUCUGCGUGGUUGGCAAUUGUAUAAUUGACAUGUAUGCGAGAUGUGGCGAGAUCGAUGAAGCUGCUCGGAUGUUUAACGCAAUGCCGUCUAUAAAUCUCAUUAGCUGGAACGUAAUGAUAGCCGGACAUGUACUCGAAAAUAAUGAUGCCGAGAAGGCUCUCCUUUUGUUUAGGGAAAUGCAAGAAGCAGGGGAAGUUCCGGAUGAGUACACAUUCACAAGUACUCUUAAGGCGUGUAACCAUCUUGGUGACAUAAAAAGAGGGAGCCAAAUUCAUGCUUUCUUAGUUACAAGUGGGUUUGGAAUCUCUGGCAGGCCUGCAGUUGCUGGCUCUCUUGUUGAUCUAUAUGUUAAAUGUCAGAGUAUGUCUGAAGCUCGGAAAGUUUUUGAUCAAAUGGAAGAUAAGAAUGUCAUCUCCUGGAGUGCACUUAUUCUCGGUUAUGCUCGAGAAGAAGAUUUGGGACAUGCGAUGGAAUUAUUUAAGCAACUUGAGGAAAGCAGUGUCCAAAUUGAUGGGUUCGUUUUAUCCAGCUUGAUCGGAGUAUUUGCUGAUUUCGCACUCUUGGAGCAAGGCAAGCAAAUGCAUGCAUAUGCCAUCAAGCUAUCAUGCGGUCGGGACAUAUCUGUUGCCAAUUCGAUUCUGGAUAUGUAUCUCAAGUGUGGGUUAACGGAUGAGGCAGAGAAGUUCUUCAGUGAAAUGCCAGCAAAAAAUGUGGUUUCUUGGACAAUCAUGAUCACUGGCUUUGGAAAGCAUAGCCUGGGUAAAGAAGCCGUUAGUCUCUUUAAAGAUAUGCAGUUGGAAAAGGUUGAACUGGAUAGUGUAACUUAUCUGGCUGUUCUUUCAGCCUGUAGCCACUCAGGACUCAUUGAUGAAAGUCAAGAAAUCUUCUCGAGCUUGUGUGCCGACAAGCGAAUGAAACGGCAAGUAGAGCACUAUUCGUGCAUGGUUGAUGUCCUUGGUCGAGCUGGGCGCAUCAGAGAAGCCAAGACUCUAAUCGAAAGUAUGCAGAUGAAGCCCACUGUAGGAAUAUGGCAGACUUUGCUUAGUGCAUGUCGGGUUCACGGAGAUCUAGAGACAAGUCGAGAAGUGGGAGAGAUCCUUAUGAAAAUGGAUGAGCUUAAUCCGGUGAACUAUGUGAUGAUAUCAAAUAUUUACCUUGAGGCAGGAUAUUGGAGAGAGAGCCAAAAAAUAAGAGAAGAGGUGAAAGAAAAGAGGUUAAAAAAGGUGGGAGGAUGCAGUUGGGUAGAAAUUGACAAAAAAGUUCACUAUUUUUAUAGUGGAGAUGACACACACCCACUCAUAGAUAGCAUCCAUGACACCUUGAAAGAAAUGGAAAAUCGGAUGAAAGAAGAGUUAGGUUAUGUGAAUCAGGUGAGAUUUGCAUUGCAUGAUGUGGAGGACGAGUCAAAGGUAGAGAGCUUAAGAGUUCAUAGUGAAAAGUUGGCAAUUGGGUUGGCUUUGGUUUCUGGAGGACUUGAACGCAAGGAGGGUGUGAUCCGCAUCUUUAAGAACUUGAGGAUUUGUGGAGACUGUCAUGAAUAUAUUAAAUGCUUAUCAAAGGUUUCGAGUAUGACAUUCAUGGUUAGAGAUGCUAAUAGAUUUCACAAGUUCCAGGAUGGUCUGUGUUCUUGUAAAGACUACUGGUAAUUCGGAUAUCGAUACUCACUUGGCUGUUCUUUGGCAACAUUUUGAGAUGAACUCCCUGAUUCAGUCUCUAGAGCUGUCAUGGAUGUUCAGUCAACAGAUGUUAAGUCUGAACCGAAAGAAAACUACCUGGUGAGCUUGCUCAAAACUUAGCAUAUUGUUGCAGGAACCAAAUAAAAGGAAGGCAAGGGGAUCUCCUAAAAUCUAAUCCCAACAAAUUUCUUUUUGAAAAUUUCACUGAAUAUCCAAAAUGCGCUUCACUAGAAAUAGCUAUUUAUAUGUGAUCAGGGUGCUUGCUUGGGAAGCAAGAUCACUGAAAAGACAGAUUCUUUUAAAUGAGUUGAAAUUUUGACUCUAUAAAUCAUAUCAAUUUGUCCAAAGUAAGACUGCGUUGUCAAUAAGCUUUCCAACCAAUCCUGACAGAUCAUCUUGGAGACUGUUUUUUUCCAGACAAGCCCGAGAUUGGGAGUUGGGAGGAAGUAUUGCUUACUUCUUUAAUUUGUUGUAUGAUUUUUGCACCGCUUCCAGCUUGAGCACAUGUAAUCUGGUAUAGUGUCAAAGAUGGUAAAUUCCCAGCAAGAUCCUUCCGAUGUCAUGAAGGUAAAAGGUGAUGGAUUGUGGCAGCGCGACUUUUCCUCGUAAAACUGUGUAGAAAGAAAAGGUUCCAGCACAUUUUUUUCUUUGGUUGGGAAGCUUUUUGGGAAUGCAGUCUUGCUUUGGACAAUCUGAAGAAGAGAGGUAAAGGAUAGGCCAAUAGAUGUUUACUGGCAAAACGGGGAAGAAACUGUGCUGUAUCUUCUUCUUCAUUGUCCUUUAUAUAGCAUCAUCUACCCAAAGGCGAUGCUUUGGGUACUUGUUUUGCCCAUAUGCUGCUAUGUUGGGUUAUACUGAAUCCGUUGAGAAAGAACUAUGGGUGCCAGGAAGGUAUUCAUAUCCCUCACCUAGGAUGAGGUGCAUAUCAUCAGUUCUCUUUCACUUUUUUGGUUGAUUUGAUAAAAGUGGAACGCCAGAGCUUCCGGGUAAAUGCUUGGAUUUUGUGAUUGUAGAUUCGUUAUCUUGUAAAUGAACCCCUUUUUGGCUUUGAUCUCUUUAAAUGAGUUGGCACCAUCUUGGCACCUCAUAACGAAUCUCUGUUUACUUGUCA